AUGGGUUCCAAAGUCAAUACCUUGGUUUUGUUCACUUUGUUUCUGGUUGCGUCCUUGCACCAAGCAAGAGCAGCAAAGUCUCAUAACUCUAAUGUGACUCGCUUGAAGGGGAAAAAGGAAAUAGUCGGUGGGUGUAAUUUGUUCAUUGGAAGUUGGGUGAUUGACCCUUCACAUCCUCUCUAUGACUCUUCAAGCUGCCCCUUUAUAGAUGCUGAGUUUGAUUGCCAAAAGUAUGGCAGACCCGACAAGCAGUAUCUCAAAUACUCUUGGAAGCCUGAUUCGUGUGUCUUACCCAGGUUCGAUGGAGUGGAUUUCUUGAACAGGUGGAGGGGUAAGAAGAUAAUGUUUGUGGGUGACUCACUGAGUCUAAACAUGUGGGAAUCAUUAUCGUGCAUGCUUCACGCGGCUGUGCCCAAUGCCACCACCACUUUUGUGAGGAGAGAAGCUUUGUCCACUGUGACCUUCCAGGAGUAUGGAGUAACCAUACAACUAUACCGCACACCAUAUUUGGUGGACAUUGUUCGAGAAGAAGUUGGAAGGGUGCUCACACUGGACUCCAUUCAAGCGGGUAGUGCUUGGAUAGACAUGGACAUGUUAAUCUUCAACUCCUGGCAUUGGUGGACCCACAAAGGAGACUCUCAAGGAUGGGAUUACAUUAGAGACGGUCCCAGUCUCCUAAAGGACAUGGACCGUUUGGAGGCCUUUUAUAAAGGGAUGACCACAUGGGCUCAAUGGGUUGAUCAAAAUAUAAACCCUACCAAAACCAAAGUUUUCUUUCAAGGCAUUUCUCCUACUCAUUAUCAAGGUCAAGAGUGGAAUGAACCAAGAAAGAGCUGCAGUGGAGAACUUGAACCAUUAGGUGGCUCUACAUAUCCUGCUGGUCUACCUCCUGCAGCAAACAUAGUGAACAAAGUGUUGAAGAACAUGAAGAGUAAAGUUUAUCUACUUGACAUUACACUUCUCUCACAACUAAGAAAAGAUGCACAUCCCUCUGCCUAUAGUGGGGACCAUGCAGGCAAUGACUGCAGUCACUGGUGCCUACCAGGGCUACCUGAUAUUUGGAAUGAACUCCUAAAUGCAGCUCUCAUAAUCUGA